ACUUCCUGUCUCCCAGUCGGAAGUGACGGAGAGCGCGGCGAUCGCGCUGGAGCUGCAGCACCGGGACCCUCAGACCGGAAGGGGUGGAGUUACCGGGACACCGAAGGCACUUUAGCUGCAAAAUGAGUCAUGGGGAUAUAAAUCCAGCUGCUGUGCCUCUUGUUGGCAAUGAUGUGCAGGGCGAUGAUCGGUGGAUUUCUCAGCACUACAGGUUUCUCCUGGACUGUAAAGAUAAAGAACCAGAUGUACUUUUUGUAGGUGAUUCAAUGGUGCAACUCCUCCAACAAUAUGAGAUUUGGCAGGAGCUUUUUUCUCCCCUCCAUGCACUGAAUUUCGGUAUUGGAGGAGAUACUACAUGCAAUGUCCUGUGGAGACUUCAAAAUGGAGAGCUGCAAAAUAUUAAACCUAAGGUCAUAGUCUUAUGGAUUGGGACCAAUAAUCAUGGGAACACAGUGGAAGAAGUGGCUGGAGGUGUGAUGGCCAUCGUAAAAGUUGUCAACUCUCUGCAGCCACAGGCAAAAGUCAUCGUCAUGGGUCUGAUGCCACGCGGUGAGAGGCCCAACCCACUGCGUGAGAAGAACGAACGUAUAAACCAGCUCCUGCGCGUAUGGCUUCCUCGUCUGCCUGGGGUGCAGCUGCUGGAUGUAGAUAGUGGAUUUGUGCAUUCGGACGGCCUCAUCUCCCGGCAUGACAUGUUUGAUUUUCUCCACCUCACUGCUGCUGGCUACGCCAAGGUGUGCCGACCCCUACAUGAACUGAUCAUGCAGCUGCUAGAGGAAACACCAGAGGAGAAACAGGUCACCCUAGCCUGAUUCCUGUCCUCUUCCUGAUCUCGUCGUCGGUGUUAUAUCAUUGGCUGCCCCCUUGCUCACUAAAACCGCCUCAGCUGUUUAUCUAAUGCUCAGUGUAUAUACACAGAACUCAUAUACACCUGCUCAGUUCCAGACCCUCCUGCUAAUCCUUUUUUGCUGUCUUUGAUAUUGCGGGGCAGUAAUAAUGUUAUUGGUAAUGUCCCCUGUAGAGGUGCAGAAUGGACCCUGGAUUUUACCCCAGAGGCAGCAGCAUGAUAUCUUGAAUGGGCGGGUGCUGUAUAUAUCAAGAAUAGUAUGGAGAUAUCCAUCGCACAGGUGGUUGUACAGCAAACCCUCUAUGGCGUGGAGUAGCAUUAAUAAAAGCUGGUAUCAGGAUACCACUUCAGAAGCAGCUGCGCACUAAAUGCAUCUCAUAGCUUGUAGCCCUGCACCACGUGGUAGACUCACACUUCAUCUUUAUGUGCCGUGGCACUGGAUGCUAGAUGGUGUUCCAGUGUUAUCAUAAACAAAAAGGAAAAAAAAACAAAACCACAAAUUGAAGAGUUGUAAUUAUGGCUGCCGAAUGUCUCCGACAUAGAAAGGGUUAGUGCGUGUAUUGGUACUCGGAGUUCUAAUGCUGAAAUGAAAGGAGCGUCAAUGGGUUUUAGGUGAAAAUGCAGAAAUACAUUUAUUUUUUUUUCCACUUAACCCAUUCUGUGUUAGGACAGCCUGUGCCAAAUUACCAGUCCGCAUUUGUUUUAUUACCUGGUAUAUUCGUUGUGUAUCUGUCUUUCCAUGACACAGGGACAGCAGAUGCUGGAAGUGUCUGUGAAUAUAUAUAUAUAUAUCUGUAUUGAAUUGCUUGUAUGAAUUAUAUGUUUGAGAAUGUCUAGAUAAUCCAGGGACCAAUAGAGAAUUGAAUGCCUGUUAAACUUACAAGACACCAUCAGCAUUAGGGCUGGGAAUCGGUCUAAGAAUGACUGGAAAGUCGCACUCCUGACACACUUUCUUUUCGCUCUUACCGCAGCCCUAGAAAGUUGUGCAAACAUGGGAAUAUGACACUGAAGUAACAUCAAUACAGAAGAAAUAACCCUUUGUUUUACAGACCAGUAGCAACCUUCAUUUAUUGCCCAUACAUCUAAUGUAAGUUACUAACAGGCAUAAAGCUGUGCAUGUGGCAGAAUCCUUAGUUUGUAUAAUGAUAUCAAUCUUGUUGUUUUCCGAUCUCUAUUUUCUUUCUUAAAAUCUUUAUGAGAUGGUACCUUUCAGAAUGAAUCGGCACGGAUCCUGUGCAGUUGUAGCUUCAAAUGGGGAGGAAAAGGUUAGCAGCAAAGUUUGUAAAGGGUGGAUUUCCUAUAGUAUUCGUGAUUCACCUGUCUGCCUCUCAGACCUGUACAGUUUCUGAACCCAUCUGUAGAAUAUGGACCCUAAGUUCUCCUGCUUCUGUACGUGGAUUCAUGAACUGGUCUGUCCCUUCUUGUCACGUGUGUAUGGCGUUGAGAUAUAAAAUUUCCAUUGUGAAAUUCG